AUGAUCCUCUGGGAGUCAUGCAUAUUUCUCAUGGGCUAUGGCCUGCAUCCGAUUAUAUUAGGCCCCGGCCCUCAUACUUGGAGAAAGCCUGGCCCGGCGGGCCAAAAGAAAGUCCAGCACCAGCAGUACCAGAUGCCUGAGUUGAACAGAGCCCUUAGCGUCUCACUGGCCGCCUCCUGCUCGGCCAUCUCCCUGGGUGUGCCCGAUGGCUGCCACCAGUCUGCCGCCUCCUCUUCCACUGCGGUAGCUGACAUCCAGCAAGGCAUCUCUAAGUACUUGGAUGCCCUCAACGUGUUUUGCCGGGCCAGCGCCUUCCUCACCGACCUGUUCAGCAGUGUGUUCAGGAACUCUCACUACUCCAAAGCGGCUAUGCAACUGAAGGACGUGCAGGAACAUGUCAUGGAGGCGGCCAGCCGGUUGACUGCGGCCAUCAAGCCGGAAAUUGCCAAGAUGCUGAUGGAGUUGAGCGCUGGGGCUGCCAACUUUAAAGAUCAGAAUGACUUGAACUUGCAAGAUGUUGAAGUCCUGGGCCGGUGCUUCUUGACAGUGUUGCAGGUUCACUUCCAGUUCCUUUCGCAGACCCUGCAGAAGGUCCAGCCAGUGGCUCAGUCCUGCUUGGCUGAAGCUCUGGCACAGGCACAGGAGCGCUCAGCCAACGCUCGGUCCCAAAGCGCCGAGCUCGGGCCGCUCACGGAGCUGGAGGAAGCCUCCCGCUCUUGGAAAGGAGCAGCUGAGGCUACGGCGAGACUGCGGGAGAGGGGUCGUGAUGGGUGCCUGGCAGGCCUCCAGGUCCAGCAGCUCUUCUGCUCACACAAUACCAACAUCCCCGAGCAUCAGUUGAAGGAGCUCAACAUGAAGAUCGACAGUGCUUUACAGGUGUACAAGGCAGCACUGGAGAGCUUGGGCCAUAGUGAGUACGCACUGAAGGCCGGUUUCCAUCUGAACCCCAAAUGUGUGGAGGCGGCUUUGCAGGGUUGCUGCGGUGAGGCGGAGGCGCAACAGGCAGGCCGGAUGCAGACCACCUCUCAGCCUAUCCAAUGCGAGCUGCCCACCAUCCCCGUGCAGAUUGGUUCGCAUUUCCUCAAGGGUGUGUCCUUCAACGAGUCGGCGGCAGAGAACCUCAAACUGAAAAUGCAAACCAUGCUGCAGCUAAUUAAAGAGGCGUUGGGCCAAAAUGGGUUGACCCCCAGGGAUGACUCCCCUGUCACCGAAGUACUCAACCAAGUGUGUCCAUCCAGCUGGAGGGGAGCCUGCAAGACAGCUGUCCAGCUGCUGUUUGCUCAGGCUGGUCUGGUGAGUACAAAGACUGAAAUGGACCACCGAAAUGCAGCGUUCAGUGUGGAAGUAAUGUCUCCUCAAGACUGUGCCAGCUGUAACUGGGUUGCAUAGGACAUAUGGGGUGUACGUUGAUUGCCUGAUUAAAAUAGUGCCGUAGACUGAAUUGAAUUGCAGGACAUAGUCUUCACUUUGAACACACUAUGCCUGUUGAAGAAUUGCAUUUAAUCGAUGCCGCAAGAGGCACCCCUUGCCCCGGAUUCUAUUCCCCAAAUUUAAGUGUAUCAUUAAGUGGAAAAAAAAUUUAAACAGCGAUUCCCAUGAUUACUUUGUUAGUUACUUGGCCACUUCAACAGUGUCGUGAAAAAGUAUUUGCCUCCUCCUAAUUUUUUUUCAUGAAUUUUUUAUUCAGGUAUAUCACACAGAGGUUUCAAAUCAUCAAACAAUUUUAAUAUCACUCAAAGACAAAUAAAUGCAGUUUUCAAAUAAUUCAAUUAAUUUAGGCACAACAAAAAUCCAAACCUUUCUAACCUUACGUAAACAUGUAAUUGCCCCCCUUGUUAAAUCAGUAAUAACCACAAGUUUGGGAAAGGUGAAUCUGGUAAAGGUUAUAAUGCCAUCUCCAAGACUUUGGGGCUCCAGCAAACCACUGCCAGAGCCAUUUUCCACAAAUGAAGAUAGCAACAAUGGCCAACCUUCCCAGGAGUGAACAACCAAUUAAAACUACUCCUAGAGUCUGACGACAGCUCAUCCAGGAGGUCACAAAAGAAGCUCAAACAACAUUUAAAGACCUGGAGGCCUUGUUGGCCUCAGUUAAGAUCAAUGUUCAUUAGUCUACAUAAGAGACACUAGCCUAAAAUGGUAUCCAUGGGAAGAAUUCCCAGGUGAAAACUCCUGCUGUCAGCAAAGAAUACAAAGGCUCGUCUCACGUUUGCCAAACAACAACUUCUGGCGUCUGGUGUAAAAAUGGCACACAGUUUGAUAAAAAGAACAUUAUGCCAAUAGUAAAGCACAGUGGUGGGAGUGUUCUGAGGCUGGUUUAAUACCUCAGGCCAGGACAACUUGCUGUUAUUGAUGGAACAAUGAAUUCUGCUGUGUACUGUGUGUAAAAUCUGUAAGGAGAACGUCCGGCCAUCAAUUCAUGCCCUCAAACUCAAGUGCUCUUUGGCCAUGCAGGGGGUCAACGAUCCGUAACAUACAAGUGAGUCCAGUUCUGGCUCAAAAAAAAAAAAAAAAAAAAAGUUCUGGAGUGCCCACAUCAAAGUCUAGAUUUAAAUCCAAUUGAGAUGCUGUGGUGUGACUUUUUCGGGCAGUUCAUGAAAUGUCAUUUGAAAACUGAAUUCUGUGUUUCCUUGGGUUGUCUCUCUGAGUGAUAUUAAUUUCGGUUUGAUGAUUUGAAACCUUUUAUGUGUGAUAGAUAUGGGGGAAAAAACAAAAAUCAGGAGGGGGGAAAUACGUUUUCACAGGCCUGUAUAUUUCUAU